UAAUAGCCCAUAAUGACCACUAGGGAGUUUUUUAUUAAUUUUAUUUACAUCUGAGAGAGAGAUUAAACGAUCUUAAAAUAUCGCAAUAAUAUUUCGGGGGCAUUGAAUGAAUACCGAUAUCGUAGAAGCUUUUAAGAUUUUAUCUAAAUGGAAAUAUACUUAUGACACUGAUAUUAGAGAAGUAAAGUGACGUUUUCAAAGUUUGUUCGUUUAAAGAGGUUAAGGUAACGCACAGUUAUUCCGAAAUGUAAACAUUGUCAAAAUAUUGAUAUUUCGUUCGAAGGCAUCGACCUAUUCGCGAUCGAAGUAUUUAUGCUAAGUACAUAUUUUUUUGUAUUUUUUUUUAAACUAGAAUUGACGGAUAGAUUAAAAGCGAGCGACAGUGUAACCUGUUUCCGAUUAGGCAUUUGUCUUUUCGUUCCAUAAACUGGAGGAAUUGUAAAACUUAUUCUCCUAUUUCGAAACAAGGAAUCUAAAUUUUUGAUGGCUUUUUCACAAUCAAAUUCAAGAGAAUUGCAAAACAGAAAAAUCUUAGAAGAAUUACAACUGAAGAAGCAGAUGCUAUUAAAACAAGGUGUGGCACCAACAUUGAAUGCUUCAUUAGCUGUUACAUCAACAGGUUCUCCUUCUAGUUUGCCUUCCACACAACCCACUGAUGGUGUUGCAAUGAGUGCAUCGCAAAGAGCUGCCUUGCAUAAUGCACAUGCAGCCUCAUCAGGAUACUUUGUGACACAGGACUCUUCUUUUGGCAAUCUAAUUUUACCUGUGCUUCCCAGGUUUGAUACUAAAUAA